ACAAUAGUGGAUUUUUAUUUGCAAAAGUGAAACAGAAUUCAUGUUUCCUCACAGGGUUCUCACUUUGAAUGUAAUUACCAGUCACUGAAAGAUGACAAAUGGCCUCCAGGGAUUUGGCAAUAGGCAUGAUCUUCUUAUCUCAGAUGAUAGUCGGAUGCCUGGGGAAUUUCUUUCUUCUUUACCACUAUAGUUUCCUUUGCUUCACCAGAGGUGCGUUACAGUCCACAGAUCUGAUUCUCAUGCACCUGACCGUAGCCAACUCCUUGGUCUUACUCUCUAAAGGAAUCCCACAGACAAUGGCUGCUUUUGGAUUGAAAGAUUCCCUGAGUGAUACUGGAUGCCAACUUGUGUUUUAUGUUCACAGAGUGGGCAGAGGUGUGUGCAUUGGCAACACCUGCCUCCUGAGUAUCUUCCAGGCCAUCACCAUCAGCCCCAGAGAACUCAGGUGGGCACAGCUCAAACUACAUACCCUCAAAUACAUCGGGUCCUCCAACAUCCUGGUCAUGUGCUGGAUUCUGAACAUGCUGGUAAAUGUUGCUGUUGCUCUACAUGUGACUGGCAAGUGGAACAGCAUAAAUAGCACAAAGACCAGUGAUUAUGGUUAUUGUUCCGGACGAGGUAGAAUUCCACAUUUAUUAAACAUUGUCUUGUUAUCACUCCUUGAUGUUUUGUGCUUGGGACUCAUGACCCUGGCCAGCUUGAGCCACCGCGCCGGGCCCGGUUCCACGGUUUUUAUCCUGCUCAGGCACAAGCGGCAGGUCCAGCACAUUCGUGGGACCAACCUCUCCCCCAGAGCCUCCCCUGAGUCCAGAGUCACCCAGAGUAUCCUGGUCCUGGUCAGCACCUUUGUGUUGUUUUACUCACUCUCCUCCAUCUUUAUAUUACACAUGUCUCUUUUUCCUAAUCCCAGUUGGUGGCUGGUGAACACCUCUGCACUGAUCACUGCCUGUUUUCCCACAGUCAGCCUCUUUGUGAUCAUGAGCCGCGAUCCCAGGAUACCCAGGCUGGACUCUGCCUGCUGUGGGAGGAAUACAGUCUCCUAA